GGCUGCGCCAUUCGCAGAAGCGCCGGGUCUCCACCACCAUCGGGCUGCAAAGACUGAGAGAGCGACCAGAAACAAGAGGAGGAGGAGGAAGAAGAAGAGGAAGAGAGGGAGGCAAAGGGAUGAAGGGGAGGCGUAACGCAUCCGAGCAGCCGGGAACAGUGGGCCUGAGCUGAUCCGAGCCUGAAGGGUCGCGCUUCCCUGUAACCAUCGGUAAGGAAAAGAAGUCUCUCUCUUUUUGGAAACGUUCUCUCCUCCGCCCCCGCUGACCACAUUUCCCUGACACAAUGAACGCCGUGUUGUAGGAGGAAGAAGGAGAAGCGUGCAUUAGCUCCCCCCCCUUCCCCUCCAUCCCUUGUUUCUCGCGAUGUGAAUCCGCUGCCGCAGCUCGUCUGGGAAGAGGCAGCUCGCAGGGGGAAUCGGAGGAAGGGUGGGCGCGUGGAAAGAGGACCAAACGUGGGGCUAUGUGGUGUCCAGGACACCCGAAGAUUCGCUGAACCAUGAUGAAGACUGAGCCCCAGAAUAGUCCUGGUGGCAGUAGCAGCAGCAGUGGCAGCGGCGGCAACAACGGCGGCAGCAGUGGAGGAGGGAGCCUACGGAGUGCCUCGCCUCACCGGAACGCCUACGAAGCUGGCAUCCAGGCCUUGAAAGCCACCAAGGAUGCCCUUGGCAACGCCGAGAGCGAGGAGGCCAAGAAAGCCCGGAACAAGAAGUAUGGCUCCAACGUCCACCGGAUCAAGAACAUGUUCCUGCAGAUGGGGACGGCGGGCCCCGCCGGGGAGGGCGCCAUGGACCUGGCCAAGAUGAAGGAGAAGCCCGUGCGGCUGUCCUUGCCCCGGGCCAGCAGCCUGAACGAAAAUGUGGACCACAGCGCCCUUCUGAAGCUGGGCACCAGCGUGUCCGAGAGGGUGAGCCGCUUCGACUCCAAGACGGACAAGCCGCUCUCCAAGCUGCAGGAGACGAGGAAGAUCUUUGAGAGGAGCCUGCAGGAGAAGGAGACCAGCAACAAGCUUCUGCUGAGGAAGGAGAGGGCCGGGUUCCAGGACAGGAAGCUGGACGUGGUGGUGAGGUUCAACGGCAGCACAGAGUCCUUGGACAAGCUGGACACCGAGGCCGUGUCGCCCACCGUCAGCCAGCUCAGCGCCGUCUUUGAGAAGGCCGACUUGAGGAACAACCUCCACAAGGCCCCUGGGAAAGUCGGGCCCCUCAACUCCAAGAUCGUCCCCAAGAGGCCCAGGGUUUUCCUCCAGGCCCCAGAAGGGGCCAAAGCGGAAGGGAGAAGUAGUAGUAGUAGUAGCAGCGACGGGCCUACUGCUCUCCAGGCGAGAGGCAGGCUGCCCGAGGCUGACAAGAGCCAGGCCAAACUUCCUGCCGGCGGAGGGGGAACGGCGAAGCCGGGGGAUGGCAACGCGGGAGGUCUGCGUCCCCAGAAGGUCCAGGAGGUGCGCAAGAUCAAGCCCGUGGAAGUGGAGGAGAGCGGGGACUCGGAGCAGGAGUUUGAGGCGGCCGAGGUGGCCGUGGCGGCGGCAAUUGCCGAAGAGCGCAGCAAAGCCGCUUCCAAAGGCCUUGGUGAGGCGAACCGGGCAGAGGUGAUCCAGGCCGAGGUCACGGUGCACGCUGCCUUGGAGAACGGCCGGCCGGGUGGCGAGAGGCACCUGGAGACGCCAGACCCUCUGGGGGACGCUUUCGGCGAGGAAGGGGCCAAGGCGGAAGGGCCAGAGGAGAAUGACUUGUGCGACGAGUCGAAGAGAGAGGACUUCUCCGAGGCUGACCUGGUGGACAUCAGUGCCUACAGCGGGCUGGGGGAGGAUUCGGGAGGGAGCGGGCUGGAUGAAGACGAAGACGCCGAUGGACUGUACGCGCCGGAAUCCAGCUGCAUGGAGAUCGCCGGGCUGUCGGAAGAGGAGGAGGCUGCCCCCAACCGCAAGAUCCAUUUCAGCACUGCUCCCAUCCAGGUUUUUAGCACCUAUUCCAACGAGGAAUAUGACCGGCGGAACGAAGAUGUCGAUCCCAUGGCUGCCUCGGCAGAGUAUGAACUCGAGAAGCGGGUGGAGAGGCUAGACCUCUUUCCCGUGGAACUAGAUAAAGAUUCCGAGGGGCUCGGAAUCAGCAUCAUCGGGAUGGGAGCCGGUGCUGAUAUGGGCCUAGAAAAACUUGGCAUCUUUGUCAAGACGGUGACAGAAGGAGGAGCAGCUCACCGAGAUGGCAGGAUCCAGGUAAACGACCUUAUCGUCGAGGUGGAUGGCACCAGUCUGGUGGGUGUGACCCAAAGCUUUGCUGCCUCCGUGCUGAGGAAUACCAAGGGUAGAGUCCGGUUCCUGAUUGGGAGAGAAAAGCCGGGCGAGCAGAGCGAGGUGGCUCAACUCAUCCAGCAGACGCUGGAGCAGGAACGGUGGCAGCGGGAAAUGAUGGAGCAGAGGUAUACCCAGUACACGGAGGAGGACGAAGAAACGGGUGAAUAUGCCACAGACGAAGACGAAGAGAUGAGUCCCAUGUUCCCCAGCAGCGAGAUGGCCAUUGAGGUCUUUGAGCUGGCUGAAAACGAAGACAUGCUGUCUCCAGUUGAGAUGGACCCUGAAAAGCUGGUGCAUAAAUUUAAGGAGCUCCAGAUCAAGCAUGCCGUGACCGAGGCUGAAAUACAGCAGCUGAAAAGAAAGCUGCAGUCCAUCGAACAAGAGAAAUCCCGCUGGCGCCUCGAGAAAGCCCAGCUAGAACAGAGCGUGGAGGAGAACAAGGAGCGGAUGGAGAAGCUGGAGGGAUACUGGAUGGAAGCCCAGAACUUGUGCCAGGCUGUGGACGAGCACUUGAAAGAGACCCAAGCCCAGUACCAGACUCUGGAGAGGAAGUACAGCAAAGCUAAGAGGCUCAUCAAGGAGUAUCAGCAGAAAGAGAUCGAGUUCCUGAAGAAGGAGACAGCUCAGCGCCGCAUCCAGGAGGAGUCUGAGCUGGCCCACAAGGAGGAAGUGGACAAGUUGCAGGAGAAGAUCUCUGAACUGGAGGCGAAGCUGCAGACUUUGAAAAAUUCCAACCCGACUAUUUACUUCAUUAUGUCUUCCUCCAAACUCCAAGAUGCGGAUGAGGUUUUCGAUUUUAAUGAUGUGAUUCCAGAGACCCAGAGGCUGGACAGCAGCUUGCAGAAGGCCCGAGCCCAGCUCUCCGCCAAAGGCAGGCGGCAGCGCCCUUCCAGGUCCCGGUUGAGAGACAGCGUCAGCUCCACAGAAGGGGAUGAUAUCCUGGAGAAAAAGGCGGGUGAUAGCUGUGGAAGUCCUCUCCACCGCCUGAGGUCUCCUCUGCACGGUUCCCUCCAGGCCUCAUCUCCUCUCUCCGGUUCCUCGCCCUUCACUCGCGCCGGCGAGUUCUCCUUUGAUGCCCCGACAGUCCGGAGGUCGGUGGAGCAGGAAGAGCAGCCGUCGUCGCCCCUCAUCCGUUACCGACCUCUGACCAACACCUCCUCCCAGGAGGCCUUAGGGGGCACCCCCACCAGCUCCUCGCCCAAGUCCUGCCACAGUUCAGACAGCUCACCCAUCUAUGCACGCAGGGAGAGGCACAGUGAAGAUGAUAGCCGGGACACGAGCCCGCCAGAUCCUGCAAGCCCAACUAUUGGUCUCGACAAGAAAACCCGACGGAAGUUUCUGGAUUUAGGGGUCACCCUCAGAAGGGCAUCUUCUGGGAAGAGCAGGAAAGAAAAAGGGGGCAAUCGACUCUCCAUGGGCAACAGGGAGCCGAUGGAGGGCCCUAGCCGCUCCUCUGCCUCGACCUUCAUGCCUUUCUCCUGGUUCACGGACAGCGGCAAAGGCUCCGCCUCCUCAGGAAGCACUGCCUCCCCCACCUCCUCCCCCAAGAAUGAGGCCUUCAGCCGCAAGAAGUCUGCCUCGCAGGAAUCUACCCUGAGUGAUGACUCCACCCCUCCCAGCAGUAGCAGCAGCCCCAAGACCCUGAGCGGAGCUCAUCCUGAGACGACAAAGUGCUCCUACCCCUACCACACCCUGUCCCAGUCGUCUGAUGAGUUCCUGGAUGAGCCUCUGAGUGCAGCUUCGACGUGGAGCAGUCAGAAAGUGGGACAGUGGUUGGAGAGCUUGAACCUGGAGCAAUACAUGGCAGAAUUUGCCGCCCAGGAAGUGGAUGGCCAGCAGCUCCUCCUCCUCGAUGGAACCAAGCUGAAGGCUCUCGGCGUCAGCAACUCCCACGACCGUUCCCUCCUCAAGAGGAAGCUGAAGGAUCUGAACGCGGCCGUCGAGAAGGAGAGGAAAGCUCAGGAGAAAGUAGAGAAGCAAAAGAAGCAGAAGAAGAAAGAGCGGGAACUGGAACAGAAGAAGAGCUAAGCUAAAUGGAGUGUGGGGGGCGGGAAAUACGGGGGUGGCCGCUUCCAGGCGCACGGGGCUCACACCCUCUUCACCCACGGAGCAUUUCUAGGGUGGGGGUGGGAUCGAUCAUCUGCAAACUGGGAAACGGACGGGGGAGGGACCAGAAGCAGGCGGCGCGCUGCCGGCGAAGGUUAAGGGUUUGGGUGGGGGCUGAACCUGCUGUGGAACCGGGCAUGACGGAGAUGGCGGUGGCAGCCGGACACCACCGCCGAUGGCCGAGUUGGGCCACGGAGGAGAAGGCGAUACCUCUGCCCAGUGGCGUCCUCACCCCCUUUCAUCGCCUGGACGGUCCAACCGCAUGUUCAGUGGGCCCAGGAGCCCUCCUGAUGCGGGAAGGGCGGUGGCGCAGAUGCGAACCGAAGCCACGACCGGUGAACACCUUCCGAUCACACCUCCCGUCGACUCCAUUCCGCUCCCUCCAGCGGCCCGGAUGUGUCCUCGCCCGAUCGGUGCCAUUUGGGUGUCCCCUCACACCGCCUCGUUUUUGCGAGGCGGGCCACGGCUGCCUCAAGAGACACAAGCCACAGGUACACUUGUGCGCACAAACACACUCACACACCAUUUCCCCAAACGGAAAAGGACGAGAUGAAUGCACAGCACCACUACCUUGUCUGUCUCUCCCCACUCCCCAGCCCUGCAUCCUCCCUCCUGAACGGGUUCUGUAUCAGGUCUACUCAGGCCUGACUUCUUCCCCACCCCCGCUGCACCUACCUGGCGACCUGCAUUGCGGAGAAAAGGGGGCAGGGGGAGGCGGGGGCAGGCUCAGCCAAGAGGAAGACAUGUGUGAGAGAGCCACAGAUGUCUGGUGAAUACACAAUGAGGAACCACAAGGAAUAAAAGAAAGUUUUAAAUUGUU